GUUUUUCUAACGAAAAGAAGCCAAUUAGUUGUAUUCCGGUGAGUGGUUUUAAAAGGAUACAAGUGUUUUUCCAUCCUGCCGGCGAUUUUCAAGUGUUUCUCGUGGUGUUUUGAAUUGCUUUCUGUAAUAGCAACGCUUUCGAGAAUCCUCAACUAUGGCUCGCUUGAGUAUGUGUUCUUGUGAAAAAUUGUUGGCCUAUCCGAAAAAGGAGAUCCUGGAUAUUAUCGUACCAAUCGUCCUAGAUUUGUAGAAAGUGCAACCAAGGGUAGUGGAGCUAUAUAACAGCUACGAAUCUACAUAAAUUCCAAUACAUUCUUCGAGUUGGUCGCUGCACCCUGCUCAACGUCUGCCCACUACUUGGCUAUCUAAUUAAAAGCGAAACAUCCAAUCUUCAACUAUUCAUUGUUGUGAACGUUGUUGCGACUAAUAAGCCCUAUACUAUCGUCAGGGCAAUUGUGCAGCGCGCUAAUUAACAUUAUAUCAAAACUGCUAUCAUAUUGAAACCCGAGUGAAGGGAGCUCUUAUCGUUGAAAAGCUUCUCCCAACGACGCCGGGCGUGUUCCAUGUAAAGAAGCCUAUUUUUAACCCAUUCCCCCAACAACUGGCGAGCUUCAGCACUGAGAGUGCAACCAGAGCGCAGGCUGAUUUCCCGAUUUGGGCCAGCUAAAAUUGAAGGGCUCUCUGUAAUGGUGGAAAGCCUCCUGGGCGUAAUAAAAGAGAACAUACUGCACACCAGCUCAUUCCGAAGCUUUUCAUAAAGAAGUCUUGAAUUUUCUUAUUAGUGAAUUUCGUUCCGAUUCGGUUGGUCAGCGAAUUACUUGGGAGAAUCAGAUUAAUUUGAUUAUUGGAACUAGUGUGAGAGUAAUAAGUGAAAUUUUUGAGCCUAAAGAAGGAAGAUAAGACCAGACGUUUUGCUGAUUCAUUCAGUAAACACAGAGGAGGAAAAUUCAGUGAAAAAAGUUGUGACAGAAUCGUGAAAAAGCAACAACCCCUAAAGGAAAAGAGGGAAAAGCCGCUACGUAAGCUUUCGGCUUUCUCUAAAUUUGUGUGAGUAGUGGUCGGAAAAACUGCGACGUUUCCAAACGUCGAAGCAGAAAGACAUUCAUUUGGGAAAAUAUAGGAAAAGUGUUUAAGAGAGGCUACCAAUGUUUACAUACAAGGUUCCUACUGAUUCGAGUGAUACACUGAGUGCAUAGGCUUUGCGCUCGAUUCUGUGCAGCGUAUCUUAAAUAAACGUCCGGGUUCCAAGGAUUCGUCAGUCGGAUUUGUGCGGCGCCUAUGAACUAAUAAUAUAAUUUUUGGACCCCGAAGCUCAAGGCUUGUCAGUGAUUAGAUAGAUAGUGCCAGUGCCACUGCGAACAGUUUCGUCACAAAUCCAAUUAUUCAGAUACGAUUCUGCUCCCUUAGAUACAUAUGCAGAUACUGAACUAAUCGAUUUGCUGGCUUUUUAAGGUAAACACAGUCGAACCUGAUUCACCUCACAUGUUAAACUAUCGUCUCGUAUCGACGCAUUUCUUGAAGCAACCAUAGUUUAUCUGAAUAUCUCGGUGGCUGUGAAGACAAUUCACGUUUAAAUUUCGAGGAAAAUUUGGAAUAAAUUUAAAGAAAGUGUUGUAUGUAAAAGCGUAAAAUUGCUUGAGUUCAACCGCUCCAAGGAGCGAAAUAAUAUUAAAAUAUUAUAAAAAAAAAAAAAUCUAAAUAGUAUAAAAGAUAUUAUUGAGAAGACAAGGAACCCAGAGUCAGUAAGACGACGAAGUAUUUGGAUAAAAGCGCGAUUGGAAGCGAUAACGAAAUUAUUUCCGGAAUUUUAGAAAAAAUAUUAAAAAUUCGGAAAAUAAUUAUAUUUGUCAACGACGAAAGCAGAAUUAUUACCUACAAUGUGCAGAGAUCGCGAUAUGUUGUACACGUAAAGAAAAAAUUCUUCAUACUAGAAUCAAUUGAUUCAGUAAAUGUAGUUGAUAUAACGUAAACCACUCUCUGCUUUAAAGAUAAGAUUAAAACUCCACGAAAAACUUCUAAAAACCGACCUAGAAAAUUUUGACAAACCAUAGCCCGGAAUAACUUUCAGAUACAACCGUAUUGAUAACCAAUAAAAACCGAAUAAUUUUGGAUAAAAUCAAAUCCCUUAAAAAGCAUCUGACAAAAAUUAAAAGGAAAAUCGUUGUUCAAUUAUCUUUUCCUUUCGUUUGACUUUUGUUUUAUUUCUUUACAAUUUGAAAAUCGCUCACCAAACAUCCCUCAUUCGAGAGAAAAUCGACUGCGUGUCUCUGGUUUUUGCACGCUGAAAAUAGGAAACGUGGUAUUCCACUGAGAGCAACGGCGAAUCUCCAGGACUACAAUCGCCCAAGUCAACUGAGAAUACUUUCACUGGACGACCCAGCUUCGCUAUUGUCCAAAUCGGGUUAAUAAGGCUCCGGAACGUCAAACUUGAAUCCAGAAGCAACAUCCUUAAAUCGGGACCUAACUUUCGGUAGCGCCUAUCUUCAGUACGUGUGUUUUGCACCCUUUAAAGUGUAUAUCGCUUGUAUGUGCGUGUGUGUGGUAUUUAAAUCGGUGUAGUUUUCCUAAUAUUGCGAAGUUUUUGAGAUUUAAUAUCGAUAUCUUGAUUAAGUAAACGAGUUUUAAAUAAGACGUAAAUUUAUAAAUUCUAACAAGAAAGAGAAAACAGCAAGGAUAGCGAUCUAGAUCGCUUAUUUCAUCUGAGGAAUUUGGUCAACGUUUUAUCCGCAAAAAUAGAAGUCCUCGCAAGGAACCUUUGGAAGUCGGUUAAGGCUUGUGUUUGCGGCAUGCGCCACCCUACAAAUGGCCUGAAUGAAGACGACUUGAGUCGUCUAACCGGAUCAUCAUCAUCUUCAUCAUCAUCAACAGCAUCAACUCCAUCACAUGAUCUCAGCCAUCAUCAGUGUACCCUUAUACCAAUUGUUGAUCCAAAUUGUGACAACAAUACAUCGAUAUCGAAUCUAAAAACUUCCGAACCGUUUAACUCCACAUACCUACCCGAAAUCAUUGACCCAUUAGAAUGGCAGAAGUCAAGAAAGCGCAAGGAAAGAUUGGACAGUACAUCGUCAACAACACAAGAUCGUAAAUUGGUACGUUCAAAUAGUGAGGAAUUACUACCGAAUCCUGACAAUGAUCAUCAUGAUGAAGUGAUCAGACGGGUCGCUUCACAUGAGGAUUUCCAAAAGAAACCGCUACAUGAGAAUAAUCGGGAUGAGAAUAUCCUGAAGACCAUACAUGAGAAUGAGAACAAUGCCAAGCACCAAGAGCAGAAUGGGCAGUUCCAUUUUUACAAGAAUCAACAGCAACAGAAUAACAAUGUGACGAAACCCAGCCGGUUAGACACCAGUCCGGCACGUUCGCACCGGGUUUCGCCGAACAGAGAUCAUCGUACCGGUAGCGGGAAGUACAAGGAAAACGAUGAUAGCGAGUGCGAGCAUGAGAAGAGGCGCUCCUCGGAGCGUUUCUGUAAGUCCCGGGCUCCCCCGGGACGCAAGUCGGGCAACUAUAAAAGAUCCAAGUAUAUAUCCAAGUGCCGCGAUCGGGAUGAGAAUGCCUACAAGUAUGAUAUCUCAGCGAUGAAGCAUGAACGACGGGGCUUCGUUAGCAAGUUCAAAAUGGAGGAGCGAGGACGCAAGGAAGAAGCAACUGAUGGCGAAAAGAUCCACGACUACAAUGACAAUAACCUCAUUGAUUUCCACAUGAAAAACGAUUAUAUGGAUCUGGGCAUAUGUCCGGUUAUCUCAAUGCCUCAACUAAUCUCGCAACAACAAAUCGCUCUCCCACCUUCACCGGGCCUACCGCCCCCAACACCACCGCCAACCUCACAAACAGCAGCCUCAUAUAAAAUUGAAACCAUAGCCGAAGCACUGCCAUGGGAUUCAUCAGUUCAAGAGGAUCAAACUCCAGUCCUGUGUCGUCGCUUUGCCCCAUUCGAAGAGUACGGCACCGACGGUGGAUCCAAACUUGCUGCCAUACCAUCUGCCGUGAUUGCAAACGAAGCAUCGAAGAGUUCUUCAUAUCGUUCAUUCGCGAAAACGGAGAACUAUAAGACGUGCGCCGUAAUGCCAAACAUGGCGACAGCAGGACAUUUUCAAUCGCCCGAAGAGCGCCUUAAAUGGGUAAACAAAAGACUGACGGCACUUAAGAAACGUGUCACUCAAUUGGAAGAGACUUUCGAAAGAAACUAUGGAUACAGGCCAUCACAGGUGGAUAAAUUUAAUGAUAAACAGAUAAAGAACGUUCUGGCUGAGAUAAGUAAGCUGAGAAAGGAGAAACAUGAUCUGAAAUUGGAUCCAAUGAUGGCGAUGGGAGUGAAAAUUAGCGGAGGAAUGGAUGCCGAGAAGAAAGUUGCCAAAAUGAAGGAGACGUUGAAGGAAAUUGAAGUGAAGCUCACCGAGAAGCGAAAGGAGGGCAACUGGUCGGAAAAUCUCCACAGCCUGACCGCCGAGCAACUCGUCCUGGAGAAGACAGCGCUGCAGCACAGCUUGCUCUACUUCGAAUCUCUCUAUGGCCGGCCGACGACUCGUGAGGAACGCGACGUGGUGCGCUCUCUCUAUGACAGAUACCGAAUCAUCAAGCGUCUCGUUACCCGGAGCUUGUCGAUAGCUGGCACUGUAAGCGGCAUUCCCGAGUUACCAACCAUUUUAGAACAUGAAGCCAUGGCUUUCACCGUCGAGCCGUUGCAACAACCGUCGGUGGAUAGCACAGACACAGCAAGUUCACCGGACCAUCCACAAUUGCCUCCGGGGGUGGCUUUGGGCAACUUGAGUUCGGAUUCACUCAGUGACUCGGGCUCGAACCAAUCCCGGGCUGACUCCCCAUCGGAAAUGCAAACCAGCGGGACCAACCCACAAUCCGGGGCGCCUGAAAACAUCCACACUCUGUCCGUCGAUGAACUGUGGGAGCAAUUGGAGAAGGUGCGUGACGAGAAAAAGGAGCUCAAGCGAGUGAUUAAGGAGUUCGAGGCCAUGUUCGAGGUUCAGAGUGGACGGAAAAUGUUGAAGGCCGAUCGCCGCACCAUGGAUGACACCUAUUUUCAGUACAAACAGAAGAAGGCCAAGGUCCGUCUCCUGCAAGCGCUCAUCAAGAAGCACAUCUCGAAGUGAACGCAAAUCGAACAAGUCCUUGUGCCCAGCAGAUUGGCUUGUUCACGUUGUCCGAUGCGGUAUCUUUUCCAGUCGGAAUUCAAAUGUUUAUCUGAUAAUGUGAUUUUACUUUAGAUGUUAGCGGUACUCUCAUCUUACUCGAUGUAUUCCAUUUAUUUUCAACUCAUUCUCUUGAUUUUGUAGAUUUAUAUUUUUUAACCGUUUCCUUUGAUAUUUUGUGUAUUUUUUUUAAUAUCUUUUUCUUAUUAUUGUAUCUAUUUACUCAUUUACAUAAUAUUUUGUAAAGAUCUUUGUAUUCUCUGCAUAAACGCACCCAAAACAAAGACCUUACCAUUAACCCAACCACACCCUCCAUAAGUUUCACUGAAAUUGCCUCUCAUCACUGUACCCACUUAUUUAAGCCUCCCAGGACCUCAUCCUGCUCCUCUUCCGCUGUGUCCUUCCUGUCCCCUCUACCAAGAACUACUCCCCCUCUCCAUGACCCUCCCUUAGAAUACUUUGUAGAACAAAGAAGCAACUUGAGACUUGUGUUAUUUAUUAAGCUUAGAAUUAAUUUUAAAAGAAAUCUUGAAAUCUUGUAAUUGUUGAGAACCAACAAAAGGACGAAGCAGGCGAAGAAGAAGCAACCCUUGUUUGUGGAGUGCGCAAACUGAUAUUUACAUUGUAAUUUGCAUUGAAAUCAAAUGGAAACUAAUAUGACUUGUUGAUGGCGUUCCAAAUGCCGAAGUUUGUAAUAUUGUAUUAGAAAUUGAUCUUGGAAGGGAUUUAAAACCAUUUUUCUUUUGUUUUUUGGUUUCUUCUUCGCGAAGUGACUUUGCUAUUAUUACAUUAAUAUACAAUAUACACUGUGAGUGUGGAAGUAAUGCGUAGAUAAUGUAGUGUGAGAUAGAGGACGAACCGAUCAUGAACAAUACCUUCCUUCGGGGGAGGGAGACUACUAGGAAUAUGAUUCUUUGUUAUUUAUUUAUAAUCACAUUCAUUAUGCAAUAUUCGCUGGGCAGACCAGAAUAUUUUCGUACUCAUUAUCGCCGUUCUCGGUUAUUUGUUUGGAUGUGUACCUUAUGUUAUAUGUAUAUUGUGUUGAACACAGUUUACUAUUUAUUUGUUAAUAAAAACACUUUGUAAAUAGA